CUUAAGGUGGCAAUUCCAAGUAAAAUACACGUGCAGUGGUGGUUAUUCUUAGGGGCCGGCGCAGACGCCUGAAAAACGCCUUCAAAUCGGCAGACUUUGAACCAUACAGCACCGUGUACGACCAAUCGCGAUACAACCUUCCAAGUGUUCGAGCAAGAUGAACGCUUUGUAUGUGACAGUGUCCGUUCCCAUCCUGUUGCUACUGGCAGGUUUUAACCAUGCCCAUGGCCUUUCAACCUUCGGGAGGUCUCCAACUGUGCCGCCAAUCUCAACCCCACAAUUACAUGCAAAAGAUUGUACAACCCACGAUGAUUGUAAAGGUAUGAAUGGAACUAGCUGCGUCGAAUAUGCCAAUUCCAUCAACAAGCUGUAUUGUUUAUGUGGAAACAAUCAGCCUCCUCGUAACGGAGUUUGUCCAACAGUUAAAAAAGAACCUUUUCAUAUUUGUAAUAAGGAUGAUGAUUGCGUAGAUGGAUCAAGUUGUAAAAUGUCAAAUUCAGUGAAGGCAAAUUUAUGCUUAUGCGACGAAAAUCAGGAAGCACGCGAUUGCAACAGUGGUUUUAUAAAGCGACCAUCCACGUUUGCUGUUUUAUUGGGAUCUCUCCUAUUCUUUGUCAAGAUUUUUGGUUAAUCCAAUACUUUUUAAACUUACAUGACGGCUUCUUAUUAUUGUAGUCGACACGAUUCUACGUUUAUUAUUAAAAAAUAAUAAAUUAACUAAAUAAAUAUAUAAGUAAAA